AUGCGGGCCUCCGCAUCAGCGUCCGUCUUCUCCAGGGCAGCAAUGAUGUGGCUGGAUGAUCUUCUAGAGGACCCUAACCCUGAUCCUGCUUCUCUUAGAAGGUCACUCAUAAAAUUGCGCAAGACAGCGGUGUUUGUAGCGGAUGCCACUCUGGAUGCCACUCAACUGGGGGCACGAGCCAUGACGGCUCAGAUAGUCGCUCGACGGACCCUCUGGCUUCGCCAUUGGCAGGCUGAUCCUACGUCCAGAGGGAAUCUCUCUAGGGCACCUUACUCCGGAUCUUUGCUCUUCGGCGAGGAAGCUCUAAAGGCAGUGCUGGUCGAUCCCAAAGACGCUCACAAACCGGUCUUGGCCACUGUCAAGAACAUCGACCAUAGGCCUUUCAGGCGAUUUCCCCCUUUCCGCACUAACCAGCCCUUUCGAAGACCGCAGCCAGGAGGACGAGGCCGCGACUUCAGAUCCUAUGACUCCAGUACUUUCAGGGGAACCUGGAACCGUCGUUUCCACGGCAGAGGCCCACGGCUGGCUUGUCAACUUCGACAAAAGCCAUCUCCAACCAACCCAACGCCUACUACAUCUAGGGGCAAUGUUGGACACCCUGCAGGCAAUGGUCUUCUUGGCUCCAGAUCACAUCACUGCCAUCACAAGCAUUGCAAGGUCCCUGAUACAACAAACAUCCGCAGACAUCAUGCUUCUCGCCAGAGCGCUCGGGAUGUUCAUCUCUACAAUCCACAUUGUGCCAUGGGCUCGAGCCCUCACUUGGCACCUUCAAUGGACUCUGUUGCCAUUUCAACAGGACAUUGCCAGCUCCAACCAUCGCAAAGUUCGUUUGAGCCCUGCACUGCGCCUCUCCUUCCGCUGGUGGACCAAGGUUCAACACCUCUCCAGGGGCACGUCGUUCAGAGAACCCCGCAGAACCGUUGUAACCGCAGAUGCCAGCCUCAUCGGUUGGGGAGCCCACUCAACUCCCAGUACGUUCAAGAGGUUUGGUCCACCGCAGAGCAAACUCAAAGCAUCAACUGGCUGGAGCUAAAGGCUGUCCACUUAGCUCUACGUCAUUUUCAGUCUCUGUUCCCUUUGGACCAUGUGCUCAUUCGAACAGACAACAUGUGUGUAAAAUCACAUUUGAACAGACAGGGGGGCACCAGGUCUCGUCCUCUGCAGGACUUAGCCUCCCUCAUCUUUGUCUGGGCAGAACAACAUCUACAAUCCCUGAAAGCAGAACAUCUCAGAGGGAUUUGGAAUGUGAUAGCAGACUGGCUCAGCAGACAACAAGUCUUUCCGGGAGAAUGGAAACUUCAUCCAGACAUUUUCCAUCGUCUCCAGUGUCGCUUCGGUGCCUUCUCAGUCGACCUGUUUGCUUCCAGUCACAAUUGCCAGCUUCCCAGGUACUUUGCCCGAUACCUGGACUCAACAGCGGAAGCAGUGGAUGCUCUGACGACACCUUGGCCAGACGGUCUCUUGUAAGCCUUUCCUCCCAUACCAUUGCUAGCCAAAACCUUGAGGAAGGCGCGAACCGAGAGGGCACAGCUGGUUCUGAUAGCACCAUUUUGGCCACGCCGACCGUGGUUCUCAGAUCUUCUGGCAAUGUCAAUGGUGGAUCCUUGGACACUUUCAGUCAGGCCAGACCUCCUAUCCCAGGGUCCAGUACUGCACCAGGACCCUACUUGGCUCAAUCUAACAGUGUGGCGUUUGAACGGGGACAUUUGAGGUCAGCUGGACUGUCUGACGCUGUGAUUGAUAUUAUUUUGGCCUCGAGAAGACCAUCUACUACUCGUAUUUAUCAACAUACCUGGGUGGCUUUCUCCAAGUGGUGUCAGUCACACCACCAUGAUCCAUCCCAGGCCACUGUGCAUCAGGUGCUGCAAUUUCUCCACAGCGGCUUUAUGAUGGGACUUCGACCCAACACUCUAUGUCGACAUGCGUCCACUCUGUCGUCCAUUCUCUCAGUGUCCUCUCCUGGAGAUCAUAUUUCCUCACAUCCGUUCAUCAAACGUUUUUUGAGGGGAGUCGCCCUACGCUCUCCAGCUGUUGUCCAUCGGUUCCCCUCAUGGAGUUUGCCGAAGGUUCUGCAGGCUUUGCAACGCCCUCCGUUUGAACCCAUCAGGACUGUGCCCCUACGUAUGCUGUCCUUCAAGGUCUUGUUUCUGAUCGCAAUCACAUCGGCCAGACGCGUUUCGGAGUUGGGCGCAUUGUCUUCUGCUCGACACCUCUGCGUCUUCCAUAAGGACUUUGUUGUACUGAAGACUGAUCCUUUCUUCCGUCCCAAGGUCGAUUCAGUUUUUCAUUGCAACCAGGACAUUGUUUUGCCUUCCUUUUGCCCGAAUCCUAUCCAUCCUCUCGAGAAGGCUUGGCAUUCGUUAGAUGUCCGGAGGGCUCUCAAGGCCUACCUGUCUAGGACCCAAGAGAUUCGACGAACGGAGUCUCUGUUUGUAUCCUUUCAUCCAAGGUCUAUGGGGCAUAAAGUAUCCAAUUCUACCUUAUCCCGUUGGUUAAGGGCAUGCAUUACUUUAGCAUAUGAGUCCCUGAAGCUGUCAGUUCCAGCUAGUAUAACGGCUCAUUCUACCAGGUCAGCUGCCACUUCGGCUGCUUUUGCCACUAAUGCUCCUGUUGCCGAUAUUUGCAGGGCUGCAGUCUGGUCUACCCCACACUCGUUUAUAAGGCAUUAUAAAAUUGAUCGUUAUGCCUCUGCUGACGCAUCUUUCGGCAGACGAGUGUUGCAACAGGUUCUUAAUGAGGAUUAACACGUGGGUGGUCCCUCCCUGUAUGGGCUGCUUUGGUACAUCCCGCAGUGAUGGCCCACCUCCUAUGGAAAAUCUACCAUUGGUCUCACCUGAAAGGUGAUUUUCAUAGGAGUGGGCCAUCACGGCCCUCCCAGUUGGAGGAUGACUAGAUAUUUUCUAAUGGGUUACAUAUUUUUUAAUCGGUUACAUAUUAUUGUUACGCUAUUAUAUUUAAAUGUAAGAGUGAAGUCAAGACUUUAGUUCUGUUAUAUUGUUAUGUUAGAAUCAUGUUAUUAUGCAUGUGACUAUUGUGUUAUUUUCCUGGCGGGCCUGUUGGCCUUGUUCUUGUAUUUUUAGAUAUUUCUUUUCAGACUCGCCACGAAUGAACUGGAGAGUGGGAGGGGCCUGACGCCCCUAGUCUUGACUUCAAAAACAUUCUUGCCUUCGCACGAUAGGUGGAACUAUAACCCGCAGUGAUGGCCCACUCCUAUGAAAAUCACCUUUCAGGUGAGACCAAUGGUACAUUUUGGAUCUGGCUUUUGGUUUUCAGAUAAUGAGACAAGGUAUCCAGUUCUUCUCCAAGGAUUUAUCACAUACUUCAAUACCACUUGUAUCCCAUCAUUGAAUUCCAGCCCAUCUUGCCUAGUACAAGACAGACAGAAACUGGAGCUUAAUGAUCCAAAUUUUUACAGCUUGCAAACAACCGUCUAGUAGAAUAAAUAUAAACCAAGGAUAUAUACGAGUCAACAGCUUGGGGGUUGUAUAUUUUGUUUCAGUCACAAAACUUAGAAUUUCUGGUUGCAGAAAGUGGUUGAUAUGUUACAAAAGUGAUCUCCUAGUACAUUUUCCUCAAAACAAGAACAACGGAACAUUGUGUAUGCACACUGCCAUUCUAAAGUUAUUCAGACUGCUGUGAAUUUUACUAUUUUCUAUCACUUUAUAUUUUAUAUUAUUUUAGUUUGCACUGCUCUUAUCUCCUUAAGAAAGGCAUUAUUUUGAAUGAAUAAAUAAAUAAAAUAGCAGCCAUUGAAUACAGUCUUGAGAAGAAAGAAUGCAAUCUACUAAAAGCUUACAUCUGGAAACCAUGCCUCACUCAUACCUGCAUAUUCUGUUGUAGCUAUAGUUUUACUGCAUCACCUUUUAUAAUGGUAUCCUACAUUAUACCAAAUUUGCAUUGUGAGCUUUUUCUGAUGAGGUCCAGGCUACAGUCCUGACCCUAUGGAAAAGGCCCAUUGAAAUUCAGUGGGUCUUCUGAAUAGACGUGGUUGGGUUUUUGUUAUCACUUAUGACUUGCGAAUCUCGCUGGAUUGCAUUAAAUUAAGUAACUCACUUU